AUGUCUAACACCAUCUAUUCUUUAUAAGAGUUUAGAAACUUAGAUGUUAAUAGCAUGAUCUAAGCAUAUGAUUAAGGCCUAUAACAUAUUAAUGAACUCUAAAUUUAAAUUGAGCAAUUAGAGAAAAGUGCAAUCGAUAUCAUAGUUGAAAAAGAUUAGAUGAUAGAACAAUUAGAAUUACAAUUGCAACACUCUUCCAGAAGACCCAGUCUAAACAAUCAAGAAGAAGUGAGUCAAUAUAAGAAUCAUAUUUAGGAAUUGUAAACUAGAUUGGAACAUCUGCAAACCAAACAUUAUGAAUAGUUGUAAGAAUAAGAAAAAGUGUGGAACUAAUAUUUAUUAGAUUAAAUUGCAUAGAAUGAAUUUACAGUGGAUCAAAAAUUAAAGAGUCAUUUAGAAUAAAUAUUUAUCUUAGAAGAUAAAAUAAACAAGCUAGAGAAUGAAUUAGAAAUUAAGGAAAACAUGCACAUCUCUUUAAUAAAUUAAAAUAAACAAUUUAAAGAAAGUAAUUCUAAAUUGGAAGAAAUUCAAAUUACCUAAAAUAGAUAAAUACUUAGAUUGCAAAUAGAAAUUGAGUAAUUACAAUCCAACAACUGCAAAGAAAAAGAUCAAUUUUUAGAGUAAAUUAAUAAUAAUAAUUAAGAACUUUAGGAAUUGUUAUCUCAGACUUCUUCAUUCAAAAUCUAAAAUCAGAAAUUAAAUAAUCAAAAUAAGAUCUACACUAGUACGAUCAAUGAGUUGAUGGUAAAGAAAGCAGAGUUAGAAUUACUUAUUUAGACAUAAAAAUAUGAGAAAUAAGAGUCAAUUGGAAAUGGCAAAACAGGAGCAUUCUCCUCAAUUGAUUAAUAAGGAGACAAUCAUUAUAUUAGAGAAGACAUCAACACAACAGCAUUUGAUAUCAAUGAAGAUGAGAUCAAAUAAGAGUUGGCAUCUUUCUAAUUUGAUGAGAACAAUGUUAAUUUUAAUCAUUUAAAAAAAAGCCAUUCUAAUUAUUCUUUUCAUUCAGAGAAAAAAGAUCCUACUGAAUUAGAAAACCAUCUCAAAAAUUCAAUAAAAACAAUUAGAUAAUUAAAUGCUUAAGUGCAAUUACUAACUUAACAAAUAAAAAUCUAGAAAAGAUAAAGCUUGAAUUAAAAAAACGCUAAAGAAUACUUAAAUAUUAUGGAGUAGAACUACAAAAAUUCAGUCUAAUUGAAAUAAGAGUAAAUGAAGACUUUAGAAGACAAGUUAACAAUAUAAAAUUAAGAAAUAGUGUAUUUAAAACAAAAAGUAAAAUAGUAUACUCAAAAACUCAUAAAAUAUAACAAAAGAUUAAUCAAUAACAAUAACUAAAGCAAAUGA